CUCAUUAGAUACUUUGCCUGAGCCGCAUUCUCCGACGGCGGAGGAUCGAGCAUCCGAGAACAGGGCAGCUAUGAGACCGCAGUGAAUUUGCGUAUAUUAUGUACAUGCGUACUACAUCCAUCGGACAAACGAGUCUCUGCUCCGAACGAUACGGCUUAUCCUCUGCUUCGAGUCACGUAUGGCCUGAUAGAUCAAUGAGACUGAUACAGGGCUGCUUCUGUCAUUACAGCAAGAUCAUUGGGAGAAAUCGGAACGGAACAGUAUGAAUUGAUAAUUGAUCGUAGGCUACGGCAAUAAUGUUGCGGAAAUACUGCGUUUCACAGCAAGACUAAUAAUGCUCCCAGUAUGCACGACGUUCCGCUCUCACAUGCACUUACAGCCCUAUAUGCUCUGGCGGAACCAGUUAUACACAAUAGGAUCAACUCAACUUCACCCCUCUCCCCACCCUAAUUCCUCCUGGACUAGCACCCCAAGGGCCAAAUGCCUGCCUAAGGACAAGGGAAAGGCUUACUAUAACUCUAUAGUACCAAACCUCUCCAAUGACUCAGCGUCUAAAGAUAGUGGUCGUGACAGUGCAACGAAAAUUAGAACAUAGAGAUUAUUGUGUAUGACUCGGAGAAACCGGAACGAAACGGCAAGGAUUGGUCGCAUGUUACAGCGCUGCAUCACCACAGGCUCAAGUCUAGUUCCGCGCUCGUCUUUGCGCUGACACCGCUAAAGGC